CUGCCCAGGGCGAGGGCAAGACGCACAGCGAGAACCAUCAAGGAGACACACAUAGAAGUUUUGCUCGGGCGUCUUAAGUGCGUUUAGCAUCACUGUCGACGCUUAUCGUAAUUACUCAAGUCUUUAAAGUGAACAGUCCACGCGUUUAUACAUGCUUACGGAGGCAAAUACGUGAAGAAGGUGCUUUCACUCUGCAACUGUUUUGAGGAGCAGCACAAGAGAGAUAAAGUAUACUAGAGAGCUAUUAGAUUGUUCACGAAAGAGGAAAGGUUCGCCUCGAAUUAUUUUACAUUUUUCUUUUUCGUAAAAAUGAAUGCUAGUGAGGAGAACCUGCUCAAAUCCAUCAGCAAUGAUACAUUGCUGGACCUCACUCAACGCUACGGCCAGUCCAGCUUUGGCUUCGGAGCUGGCCAUGGUGCUGGAAGUCCAGGGCGAUACCCACUCACUCCCGCUGCUGAUUUUCUCUCCGGCCAGACAGCGAAGUCGAACGAAAGCGGUGGGGAGCAAACUAGUGAGGACGAUGACGGGUUCGAUCAUUUGGACUCAAGGAAGAGAGGUUCGGGGUUUGACGACGACAAACUCUCAUCGCUGGCCAAGAAGCCCAAAGAACAGAGGUCGCUGCGGUUGAGCAUCAAUGCAAGGGAGAGAAGACGAAUGCAUGAUCUCAACGACGCUUUGGACGGCUUGAGGGGUGUGAUUCCAUACGCGCACAGUCCGUCGGUGAGAAAACUAUCCAAAAUCGCCACUUUGCUCUUGGCCAAGAACUACAUCCUCAUGCAGGCUCAAGCGUUGGAGGAGAUGCGACGGCUGGUGUCUUAUCUAAAUCAGGGACAGACCAUAACCUCGCCGAUACCUACGGCGCUCGCACCUUUUGGACAAACGGCUGUGUAUCCUUUCUCCAGCACGGCACUGGCCUCCUGCGUCGAAAAAUGUACCUCUUAUUCCGGGACACCCUCGAGUCUUUUCAAACACUGCAAUGACAAGCCUUGAUUACAAAACAAACUUGUUCCCGAACUUCACCUGCAACAUCCUAUUAUUGGUCUCUGUCGCUCUUUCUGUCACGCUCUACUUGUUUUGAACCAUUUUGUUUGGAAGGAACUGUGGUGUAUUAUUGCUUAAUAAUGUGUUAAAACCGCUAUCCGUUUUUCAGAAUGAUUGAUUAAUCAAACUAGUGUUAAGGCAAUAUAAACUUUGGAAUGAGGCUUCAAGUCACUGUUUAACCUUUAAACUGUGCGUUUCUCUGUCCACUUCCUGGAAUCAAACUUUGAAUAGGCUAGAGCUCAGUGCAUAACAUCGCAUAGUUUUCCAAUUCAUAUGGAGUUCAUCUGAAACAUUCCAGGAGCCGUACACUACAGAGAAUUUUUUGAACUAAAACCGAAAAGCAAUUGGGAAAGAAAAGUUUGUUGAAUCUUUUGAAAAUCUAAAAUGUAUUAGUGAACUAUGCAACAUUUUCCCAUGACGCAGUAAAAAAAAACGUGGCCCAAUGUUGUGUUCAACGUUCCUCAAGCAUUCAGUUCGCCGCAUCAGUGGCCAGCAAUGGACUCGUAUUUCCACUGUCCAGUGCUUCGAGGGAAGUCCAUAAUAUCUUUUUGGGAAGACGUAGGAUUGACUUUUGUUUUGUUAUUGCACAAUUCACUUGAUUGUAAUGUACAACUGUGAAGAACUACUUGACUAAGCCUGAGUUGACAAAAUAUUCGGUUGUGUUGCAACAUGAAUUUCAUAUAUUGUUUAUAUGUCUUUAUAAUUAAAACAUAUAUGUAUAUGCUCGAA